ACAAUUCUACUCUACUUCUAUAUGUGGCCCGGACUGAAGCCUCUCCCAGACACGUGAUGGAUGAAAUCACCCUCUUCUUCCUACGAUUUCUCUGCAUUUGUGUAAAAAUACAUCUGACGCGCGUCAUUAGGCCAGCAAACCUUCACACCAUGUGUUUCUGUUGUCUGCCGUUAACGCUGACGAUUUAAAUAUGCAAAAGAAAAUGGGUGUCCAUUCAGUCCUCAGUCAUACUUUAGCGUGUUUUAAACAUUUUAGUCAGUGUUUUAACAGACGAGACUCAGCAGGGAUGAAACAGAGACGGAUGCAUCUGGUUUUGUUUUCAGGGCUUCUCUCGGUCAUUCUGAGCGACUCAAGCAGACUCACCGAGUAUGUUCUGAUCCCAGAGUAUAAAACGUGGAGAGCGGCUAGAAGUUUCUGUCUGAGAAACUACAUUGACCUGGCCUCGGUCCAGACCCUUAAUGAGUGGAGCCAAAUCAACAAGUUAAGGGCCAGUCAUCUGUCUGACAGCUGGAUUGGACUCUAUGACGAUGUGAACAGCUGGCGCUGGUCUUUUCAAGAAGAACGCCUCACGUACACGAGAUGGGACAGAGAUCAGCCUGAUAACUACGGAGGAGACCAGGACUGCGUGAUGCUUCACCCGAAUGGAUACUGGCGCGACAAAAGCUGCAAUCUUAAAUGCGUCGUUAUUUGUCAAAGUGACGAAGGGCCUGUAUUAAAUGCUGAUGAGGAGAUGUCCUGGAAACAAGCUCAGCGUUUCUGUAGAAAACUUCAUAGACUUGCACGGUCAGGAAUGAAGAUGACAAUCAGCUGCUGA